ACUUGGGAGGGGUGCAGAGUCGGAGCGCAGCACCGUUAGCCACCAGCCCGAAGGAAACUAAUGUAUGGGGCACGCGAAUAUAUAGGAAACUAGAUCCACAAGGCUCCGCUGGGUUCAACGGGAGACUUCAGGGAGAAAUAAACAGACGCAGCUUCUCUUAGGCCCCUCAGGAUCUGAAUGACUCGUUUCUCACUCCUGUGGGUUUUGAGGUGGUGGAUGAGGUCACUGUGACUCGUGGACUCUGCCGCAGACAGGCCAGGAGGUGCUCGACUGAUCGGGUGGAUUUCAGCCAGAUUUUGCUCUUUUUGGAAUCUUUCACCUUCAAGUUGAAAGUUCCUGAUAUCUUUCUAUUCACUGACCUGGUUUCCUGAAGUGCACCAACCAAGGACGUUUCACCCAUUCCGUCACCACUGUUGUUGUGACCAGCUGUUGGUUGCUGGGAUGGGUAAUCUGCUUAAGGUCCUAACCAGGGAGAUUGAAAACUAUCCACAUUUUUUCCUGGAUUUUGAAAAUGCACAGCCUACAGAUGGAGAGAGAGAGAUUUGGAACCAAGUGAAUGCAGUGCUGCAGGAUUCUGAAAGCAUUCUAACUGAGCUGCAGGCUUAUAAAGGGGCUGGGCAAGAAAUAAGAGAUGCAAUUCAAAACUCAGGUGAUGAUCAACUUCAGGACAGAGCAUGGAAUUCAGUAUGUCCACUGGUUGGGAGACUUAAGAGGUUCUAUGAAUUCUCCAUAAGAUUGGAAAAAGCAUUACAAAGCCUUUUGGAGACUUUGACAUAUCCACCCUACACACCAACUCAACAUCUGGAACGGGAGCAAGCUCUAGCCAAACAAUUUGCAGAGAUUCUACAUUUUACUCUCCGCUUUGAUGAACUUAAGAUGAAAAAUCCAGCCAUCCAGAAUGACUUUAGUUACUACCGACGAACAAUUAGUCGUAACAGAAUUAACAAUAUGCAUUUAGAUACUGAGAAUGAAGUAAACAAUGAAAUGGCCAACAGAAUGUCCUUAUUUUACGCAGAAGCAACACCAAUGCUAAAAACACUAAGUGAUGCGACAACCAAGUUUGUAUCGGAGAACAAGACUCUGCCAAUAGAAAAUACCACUGACUGUUUAAGUACAAUGGCAAGCAUAUGCAAAGUCAUGCUUGAAACACCUGAGUACAAGAGCAGAUUCACCAAUGACGAAACUCUGCUGUUCUGUAUGAGAGUGAUGGUGGGCGUCAUCAUACUUUACGAUCAUGUACACCCUGUGGGAGCAUUUGCAAAAACAUCAAAAAUUGAUAUGAAAGGAUGUAUAAAAGUUUUGAAAGAGCAGCCACCAAACAAUGUGGAAGGACUUCUGAAUGCACUCAGAUACACCACAAGACACCUGAAUGAUGAGUCAGCAUCUAAGCAGAUUCGAACAAUGCUUCAGGUUCAGUAAUUCCUUGGGCAAGAGGAUCCCUGUCCUGACCUCAGAAGAUGUACAUGUUUACAUAAUUUAAUACAAGUUGGUGUUAAUACUUAUUUGUCUUAUUUACCAUAACCAUUCCCUCCUCAUCGUUUAAGGUAUGAAGAAAGACCUUUAUAAUAAAACUGAUGAAUGGCUUUUUUUAUUUUUACAUAGCAUAUGAAGCAUACCUGCAGCCUUAUAUUUGAUGUUGCAAAGUGCAGUUUGUUUUUGCCAGAAUUGAUGUACAAUGCUGUAUUGUUCCAGUAAGGAUUUCUCUAUAUAAACUAUAAGACCUGGUACAUCUGCAAAUGUAAUUGUAAAUUUGCUAGCAUCUUGGUGUCUUUGCGUUCCGGGAAGCAAUUCUUAUUGUGGAAAAAAAAGAAAACCCACUCACAAGUUGGCAGAUUUUUUUGAAUUGUCUUUUGCUUCCAGUCGGCUGUUGUAGGCAAGAAUUGCUGAAAUCUGCUGAUCAUCCAGUGCACUAAUCUUGUUGGGAAGAUGCUUUGGAGCUUUGAGGAGGCAACUAUCUUUCAAUGCGCCAUAGCAUAGAAUUUAAGGAUUACUUGUACAUGUUCUUACUUUAUCUGUAUUUUUCUUAAAUCUCAAAAUUUUAAGCAAGGCCAUAAUAUUUAAAUGCCAUACCAUUUUAACUGCACCACUUUUUUGCUUGCCAUCUGAAGUCAGAUCUUUAAAGUAGAACAGAUUUUUUUCUUUUCUGAACUGCAAAAGGAGUUAAUAAAACUGUAAAGUUUGGUGUAGACUUAACGGGCAUUAUACAUGUUAAAUUGUGCAUUUCCUGUUAUGUGCACUUUCAGCUAAAAGAAAGGGGAAUGCAAAACACAUGCGAAAAAAUAAAUUUAUGUGAUAAGCAACAAACGACAAUGGCACAAAGUUAUGUACUCACAGAUGAAUGUAAUUUCAGUCAUUGCCAAAUAUGAACUAGACACCCAUAAAUACCACAUCUUAGUGAACACCAGGCACUGAUCAAUCAAUCACCUGACCAAAUUUUGCUUUAUAGUGUUAUGUUACAAAAUAUUAAAUUUUAAUGAUUGAAGGAAUUUUUUUUUAAAAAUCUGGAAUAAACAAUAAUAUCUCCUGAAAAGCAACCAAGAAAGGUGGAGCAAAAUAUAGGGAAGAAAGAACAAACAAUAUCUUUAAAUAAAAUGAUAUAGGCCUUUAGAACAAAGGUCUUUUCUUUAAUUCCUUCACUGGUACAAACCUAUAUUUCUAUUUCAAUGUAUUUUUUAUACAAGCAAUAAAAUUUCACAUGUGUUGCAUUCUAUGAAUGAAGUGCACAUAAAAAACGCAAUUUAAUAAGAACAGUAAUAAAAUCUGUCAUACCUCUGUCCCACAACUUCAGAAUGUCGCAACCCAAUUGUUUCCAUUGAAGAGCAUGAGUAGAUACGUCAUAGUUAAUGAAGUCAAGAAUCAUCAGCAUUAUGUGUGAAGAUGCCAAUUCUGAUCUGUGUGUGCCAAUGAUUUUUCUAUUUAUACCACAGGUUUACCAUUGGUUAUUUUUCUUUUAAAUUACAUCUUUGCUUAUUAGGAUGGCAGUGAUAGUGGGGAUUUCUAAGGCUGCCUGUUUGGUCACGUAAGCUGGCUCCCAUUUCCUUGAAGAGGUGGCAAGUCAUCACCAUGAACUGAUGAAAAUAUCCUUGGGAGUUUAUUACAAAUACCCCACUGCAAGUAUUAUAUUUUACUUGCUUAUUAUAGAACAUUUGAAAUUCUAACUCAUUUGUCCUUUUCCCUUCUAAAUAAUUUUUUAGAACAUGAGCCAAGUUCAUGGAUUUGAUUUUUUUUUAUUGAGAACUUGAAUAUUCAAGCUCUAUUAUUGUGAAGCAUUGUGUGUGCAUUUGAAACUUUUCCGUUACAAAUAGGGUAACUUUCAAAGUGUAUAUGGAGCUGGAUUUAGUUGAGAAUUGAGACUUUAAAGGUUUUUAUUUCUUAAAGCACAACUCAAGUAAUGAAUUACAAAUCUAUGAAUGUUUACUUAUCUCCAUACCAUAAACACUUAUUGUGAGAGAACAAUUACAGUGUUUGCUCGACCAACAUUGGUAGAUUAGUAAUUCCAGUCCUUGCAGUUAAUGUUUGUCACCUGUGGAACUGUCAUGAAUUAUUAUUAAUACUCUUGUACAAGUAAACUCUUGUAUAAAGAGCUGACAGAACUUAAAGACAAAAUAGCCAGCAUCUGAUUUGGUUUAAGAUUUUAAACUAAUUUGAGCCAAGUGAAUCUGCUACUGCAGUAUAUAAUGUCAAAAAGGCCAAGUAUGUUGUAGAAGUACAUUGAUGAAGGUUUUAUCAUGAUGCCUGAUUCAAGCAAGUCCCUUUUUAGAUGUGCACACAUUUCAUUUGUAAAUUGGUAUAAUUCCAAUUCCGAUUAGUACAAGCCAUUCAUUAAAGUUGCACAGUUAGAAAUUCAGCAUCUAUUGUGAGUUUAUGAUCAGUGCAUUAUAGCAUUAAAUUUGUUUCUAUGGAUUUUUUUUGUAAAACCCUUUGUAAUAUUUUGAAUGCACUGAAAAAUGAAAAUGUGGCUUAAACACAUUCCCUAAAUGAGUAUUACUGUCACUUUAACAUGUGUGUGAACUUGGGCUAUUAGGCUGAAGCUAGGCUUGUUGAAUGGUGGCAAGACACUUCAACUCCAUAGUACUAAAACAGUGUUUAUUCUAUGUGAGAUUUGCUAUUUUAUUCCAUUAUGAUUUAUUGUUGCAGUUUAAUAAGAGUAAUAAAAGCUUUGAUACUGUUUGUGACACAUUGUAUAUUGAUCUGUAUUUUGAAUUCUAAUUUAAAACAGAUUAAAAAUAAUGAAAAGUCAUUUGGUCUGUCACUGCUGUUCUUGCUUAAAGCAGUAUUGUUCCAAGCACCAUCUAAAUGGAGAUUCUGUUAAGUCCAAUAUUGGGCAGGAACUCUGAUAAUUCAGAAUUUAACUAACCUUAUAAGAUACUCGUUUGACUAACUGGAUUUUAAAAAAAAUCUUCCUAUAGAUUUUUUUUUAUUUUGGCAAUUAUAUAUUCUAGCUGAA